UGUGUAUUUGUGUGUGUGCAUUUGUGUGUGUGUGUGUGUGUGUGUGUGUGUGUUCCCCCAGAGUACCCACUCGAUGGCGAUCCUGAACGUGGGUGCUCCGGCUGCUGGGAUGAACGCUGCUGUGAGGUCAGCGGUGCGUGUGGGACUCGCUCAGGGUCACAUGGUUUACAGCGUUCACGACGGCUUCGAGGGUCUGGCCAAUGGCGCGCUGACGGAGGUUCACUGGCACGACGUGGCGGGAUGGACGGGUCAGGGAGGGUCACUACUGGGCACCAAACGAACUCUUCCCAACUCCUGCAUGGAGAGAAUCGUGGAGAACAUUGGCAAAUUCAGCAUUCAAUCGCUGCUGGUGAUUGGGGGAUUUGAGGCGUAUGAAGGAGUCCUUCAGCUGGUUGAAGCUCGAGGUCGCUACGAUGAGCUCUGUAUCCCCAUGUGUGUGAUCCCGGCGACCAUCAGCAACAACGUUCCCGGCACAGACUUCAGUUUGGGCGCAGACACCGCGGUGAACGCCGCCAUGGAGAGCUGUGACAAAAUCAAGCAGUCUGCGUCGGGAACCAAGCGCCGCGUCUUCAUCGUGGAGACGAUGGGCGGAUACUGUGGUUACCUAGCAACCACCACCGGCAUCGCCGUGGGCGCCGACGCCGUCUACAUCUACGAGGAGCCGUUCGGGAUCCACGAGCUGGAGACAAACGUGGAGCAUUUGACGGAUAAAAUGAAGAACGAUAUUCAGAGAGGCCUCGUGCUGAGGGGUAACAAGAGCCACAAGCACUACACCACUGACUUCAUCCACAACCUGUACUCCGCCGAGGGCAAGGGUGUGUUCGACUGCCGGGUCAACGUCCUGGGGCACCUGCAGCAGGGUGGCGUUCCCACGCCGUUCGACAGGAACUUCGGCACUAAACUGGGAGUGAAGUCUGUGCUGUGGCUGACGGAGAAGAUGAGCGCCUCCUACAGGCAGGGCCGUGUGUUUGCCAACGCUCCGGACACGGCGUGUGUGAUCGGCAUGAAGAAGAAAGUCAUGUCGUUCAGUCCCGUCACCGAACUCAAGACACACACCGACUUCGAGCACAGGAUGCCGAGGGAACAGUGGUGGCUGAACCUGCGUCCGAUGCUGAAGAUGUUGGCGAAGUAUCAGACCAGUUUUGAAGAGUACGUGACAGGAGAGAUCGAGCAUGUGACCCGCCGGACCCUCAGCAUCGAGACGGGCUUCUGAUCCGCCUCUCCAGCAGGGGGCGCUAGUGCCAACAGCCCUGACCUCUGACCCCAUCAUGUGACACACUGACAUCAGUGCUUCUGAUCCGCCUCUCCAGCAGGGGGCGCUAGUGCUAACAACCCUGACCCCUGACCUCUGACCUCAUCAUGUGACACACUGACAUUAGUGUUUAUCAAGUACUUUCAUCAUGAAUAACUCAAUAUUGAAGAGAUUAGUCUGUUAUUGUAUUAGUGCUCGUGCCUUUGUCUUGAUUUGUUAGUUUUAACGACUGGCCUUGUUGUAAUAUUUCCUUCAUAACUGUGAAUCUUCAUGUGUGUGUGUGUGUGUGUGUGUGUGU